UUUACUUGAGUGAGGAGGUUCAAAAUUUAAUCAUAGUAAUUUCGCUUAAAGAUAAAAUGCUGGAAUUUAAUAGUGAUACAAUUGAAUGUGUACGAAAGGUUUACAAUUUGGAUGAACAUGGCCGAAUUGAAGAGGUUUUAGACUUAUUUGAAGAGUGGGUGAAGAAACAAGAACAUUUUAUUAAAAAGGAUUUCAGUAGAGGUUACUUGGAGAGGAUGAUCAUAGGAUCCAAAGGAUCGGUGGAGAGAGCCAAAGGAAGGCUGGAAAAAUUAUGCACAUACAGAACACUUAUGCCUAACUUUUUUACAGACUUUGAUGUGAAAGACUUUAAACAUUUGGAUGACAAAAUAAUUCAUGUAGUAUUGCCAAAACUUACUCCAGACCACGACAGGAUAAUGGUCGCCAGAUAUGUUGGCAAGAAAUUUAACCCUAAAAUGGUGUCUGAUGGUUUCAAAGUCUGUUUACUGUACGCCGAAUACAUAAGGGCUCAUGACUAUGGACGUGCUGCGCAGGUAGUGAUCGAUUUUCAUGACGCAAGUGUUACUGAAGUAAUAAAGAAUCUCAACGUUCUUGAACUAAAGCAGUUAUUUAAUAUUCUAAUAGAAGGGCACGGUAUCAGGGUUGCAGGAGUCCACAUAAUUACGGAAUCAAAGUUGAUUGACGCCCUCGUUGCAAUAGCAAAACAAGUGUUGAGUGACAAACUGUUCAGUAGAGUUCGAGUGCACAAAACAGUUGACACUCUACUUGAAGUUAUACCGAAAGAAGUGCUAGCUAGAGAGCUAGGUGGUUCGGAACGGUCCAUGAGAGAUAUUAAUGCGGAAUGGAUGAAAAUAUUCGGUGCCGAAGAGUUCAAAAGUUAUUGGAAAGAAAUGUGUGGUGCUAAAACUGACGAGUCACUCAGACAGACAGACAAGUUCAAUGACCAGUAUAUGGGAAUGCCUGGCACCUUCAGAACACUCACUGUCGACUGA